CAUACAGAUAUAAAUUUUCAUAAGUGCAAUAUUAUUUAUGUGAUUUUUUUUUUUAUAUCUUCAAGGAAUAAUAAACUCUUAGAUUUAUUGCGGAUUCUCUCUUUUUGUAUCAUCGGUUAUUUAAGGAACAAAUCAUCUUUGAUUUUGGGGAAGUGAAGAAAAUGGAUAUAGUUAAGCAGUUCGCAAAAGCUGUAUAUAGAGCGGCUAUCAAGAUCCCCCUAACUGCCGGAUAUCCGACCCGCAAUGGUGACCCUGAGGAAACUAACGGAAGUUUGGCGUCCGUAGUUACCAUUGUUUUCGUCACAGCCGUGACCUUUGCCAUCAUUGGUAUAUUUGGCUCAAAGCAAAGUUAUGAACAACUCGCUAAUAAACAUAUAUUGGUAAUGAUGGUGUUGCUGAUGCUUUCUUCUCUGACGUCAGUGGUUUUUAUCUCAGUGCUGGCGUACAAAAAUAGAGAGAGUUGGUACAAACCAUCCGAACUUAGACGUAUUGCAAUCUACACGAAUAUCAAAGUAGCAUUCUUGUGGCUUUUCGGGUUUGCUUGCAUAUUACAUGAAUCUUUAAAUGCAUGCAUAGACAUCAACUGUUUUUCCAGCUUUGAAGCUGGCGAUUUGAGCUGGAAUCCAAUGGAACGCACGUUCAGUCAUUUCCUCCAAAUACUAUCUUUAUGCUGUCAGUUGAGUUUUAUAACUUAUUUCCGUUACUACAAAUUUGAACCCUCACUAUGCAUCAACUAUGGUAUUUUGAUAAUACUUCUUGCUAAUUUAAGCAAGUGGUUCGACUCCCUCAUAAAAGAAAUAAAUUUCAAUCCUGAAACAGAAAGGAAUAAUGACACUUUAAACAUUGAGUGCCUUCUGUCUUCUUCAAUUUACAACAUAACAGAGGACCUCGACCCCUAUGUUGGUCCAGCUCGGGUGGAAUAUUAUCUUUUGUCUACUGGAUUUAUUAUAAGCAUGUGGCCUUCCAUACAAGACGAUGAGGAAUCUGACCCAAAAGAAAUGAACCCUACACCAGUGGCUGAUCUAUCGGAACCAGACGAUGAACUUGCAUUGCUCAUACCAGGUUCAUCCACUUCCAAAAGAUACAACGCAUUGCAACACAGAAAUAACUUGUCAAACACUCGAAUUCAUCCUGUCUCCCAUUUCUGCUCCAUUGUAACAGGGAUUGUUCUGAAUAUGUCAUUAAUUAUUGGAAACAUUGUCUUCGUGUACUUGACGAAAACAGAGAAGCAUUACAGUGUUGGAUUACGUGAGGCCUGGUUUACGUUUACUUUGGUUUACAAAUUUUGUAUGAUGAUACUGAUUUACAUGAUAUACUAUCAUAUAACUUGGAAUGACGAACAAUUUCAGGUCAAACCAAAGAAACUUUCCUCUGGGCAAUAUCUUAUCAUAUUUUCCACAUCUGGAACAGUUGCUUUGUGCACAAUAGGCAUAAUUGUCGGGACCGAAGAAGUUCCCGGAAAAGGCGGAUAUCUUUUCAUUGUGGAAAACUGUCUUGAUGUCAUGGGAACGUAUCUUCAAACUGUGUUGAUCAUCCAUGCUGAGAAGUUAGUGGUGAGCUCUGAUGGGGGAUCAUCUUUUGCCUUAGAUCGACUGUGUCUAUUACUCUCAGUCAGUAAUUUGUCCUUAUGGCUUAUUGAUAGCUUCAUCGACGUCCAUUACAUCGCAAAGUUCAGAACCCAUAAUAAAAAGAUCAUCGACACAGGGACACUGGAAAACAUCGUCACUAUUUUGUCACCCAUUUUGAUAUUUUAUCGAUUUCAUGUCUCCAUUGACUGGUACAAUUUACACAGAAAAUUUAAGUAAAGUUUAUGAAAUGAUUUACAUUUGUAAUUUGUGAUUUAAAAACAUAACUUACUCAUGCUUACUGCUGAUUUAUUAAAAAUUUUGUAAUUAUGCA